AUGAGACUUCUCGUCGCAUUACUCGUCCCCUUUUUCGCGCUCGCCGUCUCCGCCAUCUCACUCCUCGAUCUGCAGAAGAAGCUGCCGCCGUGCUCGCUCGUCUGCCUCGCGCAAGGCGUCAGCGACAACCACUGCUCGCUCGACGACUUUGCCUGCCAAUGCUCAAAGCUGGAGAAGAUCAUCAAGACGGUCGCGCCGUGCCUCGUCAAGGCCGGCUGCGGGCUUGAAAACAUUACCGCAACGGCUUCGAUCGUUUUCGACGUUUGCGAGCAUGACGUCCCCGACAAUGUGACGCUAGAGUCAUCGACCAACACGGCGCCCGCGGGCGCAAAGGCCACGUCCGGGGCUGUCACGACGACGAUGAUCACCCACGGCGCGGGCUGGGCAGCCGUGGCGGCCAUUGUCGCCGCAGCCGUCAUGCUAUGA